CUAUGGAUUGGCUCUCUAUGUCUGGCACAGUGAGGAGCUGCAUAGGUCUGUGGACCGUUUGUGAUAUCAAAGGUGUUGCAGGAACGCACACACUAAACGGAGAAUCCAUAACCCUGUUCUCAAACAAGAGUUCAAUGCCUAAGAACCCUAAAUACAACUUUACAAGAUAUACAGACAACAUUCAAUAUCGUGGAUACAAAUCAUCAAUGCAAUGGUUAUGAUUAUUGAGAUCUGAUUCUAAAUUGUAAAAAAAAUACGAAAACAGUCAACAUGCCAAAGCAAGCAAAUAUAUCACAUUAUUUUAAAGUGCGUACGUCUAAUGUUCCUUCGAAUAAAACUUGUUGUUCGGCUAAAUCAGAUGGCGUAAAGAAAGCCCAGCAUGUAGUGCCAGGCAAGACUACAGAAGCAGCACCGGAUAGUGUAAAGAAGUGUGUCCACAAUGAACCUGCUCGUAAGAAGAGGAAGGUAGAACUUAUCGAACUGGAGAAAGGAGAUGAGUUGCCAACGAAUACUGAUACAGUUUCACCAGCAAUGUCAGCUAAUGCGCCACCUAACGAAAGAUUAGUCUGUUCUUCUACCUUGAUGAAAUUAGAAACGUUCGUAGCUAAUCAGAACAAUGUUAGGGAGAAAAAUGACGAUGUACCGGACAUUUUAGAAGAAGGCAUUUUACGCUCGCAUACAGUUUGUGAGUCUGGCAAAUCUUUGACAUCACAUCUAGAAACAUAUUCACGGAAUCGCAAUGUUAGUCCAGACUCUACCAGUCCAAAGCUUGGCGAUAGUUCAACACUGACAGACGAUGGAACUCGGCUUCCAGGCCGAAAUUUAAAAUACACACCGUUGGAACAACAGAUUGUUGCUAUCAAAGAAAAACACCCAGGUACUCUCCUCAUGGUGGAAUGUGGCUACAAGUACAGGUUUUUUGGCACUGAUGCUGAGAUUGCUGCGAAAGAGCUCAACAUUUUCUGUCACCUCGACCAUAACUUCAUGACUGCGAGCAUUCCGACGCAUCGGCUGUUUGUACACCUGCGCCGCCUGGUGGCAGCCGGCCACAAGGUUGCCGUCGUCAAGCAGACGGAGACCUCGGCUCUCAAGGCGGCAGGUGACACCAAAAGUUCCCUCUUUAGCAGAGAGGUGUCAGCAGUGUACACGAAAUCUACACUUCUUGGUGAGGAUGUGAAUCCGCUGUCUCAGGGCGCGUACUCUGACGAGGAGAGCAGAGAUGACUUGCUGCCUCCUGCAAACUACCUCAUGUGCAUCAACGAAUGCAUCAUUGUUGGUUCAAAGCUGCACAGCAUUUCAGUCGUAGCUGUCCAACCCGGCACAGGCGACAUUGUUUACGACGAAUUUGAUGACGAGAGAAGCUGCAGUCGUCUGCUUGCCGUCAUCUCGCACAUACAGCCGGUCGAGUUCCUAUUGCCGGAAGCACUGAGUGCAGAUGUCGAAAAUCUUGUGAAGGGCAUCUCGGCGUAUACGGGAGAUGAACACCCUCGUGUCGAGAGACUACCCGGUGCUGCAUUCGUACCUGAAAGUUCUGAACAAGUGGACAGCUUCAACGCAGGCCGGUGCGACCAGCUUCCCGAUGGUGUGGUCAAGUGCCUGACAGCAGUCGCACAGUAUUUAAAGGAGUUCAAUCUCGACACAGUGUUAAAGCUCUCGUGCAACAUGCGACAUUUCUCUGAGAGCACCGACCACAUGAAGUUAAAUGCACAGGCCCUCUGUUCGUUAGAGAUAUUUCAGAACAGUACGGAUCACAGGGUGCAGGGUAGCUUGCUGUCGGUGAUGGAUCACACCAGGACAAAGUUCGGUAGCCGCCUGUUUAAACACUGGCUCUCUCAACCGCUCUGCGACAUUAAGAAGAUUGAGCAGAGGCAGGAUGCGGUUGCUGAAAUUAUAGCAGGUAACUGCGGGGUUAUCGUCGAGCUAGCGGCGCUACUCGGGAAGAUGCCGGACGUCGAGCGAGGUCUCUGCAACAUCUACUACCAGCGCUGCUCGACGCUAGAGUUCCUCUCCGUCGCGCAGUCCCUGCAGCGCGUCGCCGCCGCCGCGCACGCCGACGACGCCCCGCGCUCGCCGCUGCUGCGUGACAUCGUCGCGCAGCUCCCCGCGCGCCUCGCCGGCGUCGGCGACCACCUCGCGGCGAUCGACGCGGCGGCGGCGCGGCGCGGCGACAAGCUGCGCGUGUUGCGCGCGGCCGACGCGACGCCGGCGGUCGCGGCGACGCGCGGGGCGAUACGCGACGUGGAGACGGAGCUGGUCGCGCACCGCCGCGAGAUCCGCUACAUCCUGCGCAUGCCCGCGAUCGACUACGUCACCGUGUCGGGCGCCGAGUACCUCGUCGAGGUCAGGAACUCGCUGCUCGCGUCCGUGCCGGCCGACUGGACGCGCGUCGGCGCGACGAAGGCCGUCACGCGCUUCCGCAGCCCGACAGCGGCGCGGCUCCAUGGCCGCCUGUGCGCGCUGCGCGAGCAGCUGCACGUCGACUGUGGCGCCGCCUGGCGGGAGUUUCUUGCGCGCUUCGGCGCAGAGCACGGAGCGAACCGGGUGGCGGUGCGGCGGCUGGCCGAGCUCGACUGCUUGCUGUCGCUCGCCGAGACGGCGCGGCAGAGCGGGUACGCUCGCCCGCUGAUGGUCGAGCACGGCCCCGUGCUGCACUUCAAGGCGGGCCGGCAUCCCGUCGUCGCCGCGGCGAUGGAGGCCGCGGGCCGCGCGUACGUCGCGAACGACGCCGACCUGGACGCGGGCGGGCGGCGCUGCGUCGUCGUCACGGGCCCCAACAUGGGCGGCAAGAGCUCGUACGUGCGGCAGGUGGCACUCGCGUGCAUCAUGGCGCAGGUCGGCUCGUGGGUGGCGGCGCGCGCCGCCGUUGUCGGCGUCGUCGACGCCGUGCACGUGCGCAUGGGCGCGCGCGACGCCAUCCUGCGCGGUCAGAGCACGUUCAUGCUCGAGCUCGCCGAGACGGCAGAGAUCCUCGCCAGCGCCACCUGCCGGUCGCUCGUCGUGCUCGACGAGCUCGGCCGCGGCACGAGCACGCACGACGGCGCGGCGAUCGCCACGGCAACGCUGCGAUACGUCGCCACGGAGCUGCGAUGCCUGACGCUGUUCGUGACGCAUUACCCGCACGUCGCCGCGCUCGAGACGAGCCUCCCGCACUGCAUCGCCAACUACCACAUGGCGUUCAUGCUAGAGGGCGACACCGGCAACGACGACGGAAAUAGUGACGAUGGCAGCGACGACGAUCGCGGCAAUGACGUUGACGAGGGCGAUGGCGGUGGUGAGGAUGGAUGCGGCGGUAGCGACCUUAGCCUCUCAGGCUGGCAGCAGCGAGCCAGGGGAGGUGGCAAUGGUCGGCCGGCCGAGGUGACGUUUCUCUACCGUCUGACGGCGGGCGCGGCAAGCCGCAGCUACGGCCUCAACGUUGCGAGGCUGGCCGGCAUUCCGGCACGCGUCCUCCGCGCCGCGCACGCGCGCGCCGCCCGGCUGGAGGAGAAGGUGGAGUGCGAUCGCUGCGAGAGGGCGCUGUUCCGCCGCCUCUGCGUCGACGACGCGCCGCCGCCACUGCAGCUGUUACGAGAAAUCCAGAGUCGGCCUGUGCGCUAGUGUGAUGCCGCACGUGAUUAACUCGCGCUCCUUUCCCCAGAGAUGCGCAGACGCAGCGCGCGGACGGUCGGGCGGGCUGAAGAAUGCAACUAGAGAAGGGAUCGAUAAUCGCCGCGGCACCGGCGUGUGCACAAGUGCCGUGGUUUCCAUUCUCGUUUGCAGAGUGCGUCUCUGAAAGUAAGAUGAUGUCUACAGCAGUAAACCAGCGUGGUUGCUAUGUCUUGUGUACUUUUGUUACCUUGCGGUAAAUCGCGUGUGUAGGGCAUGUAAAUCUACAUAAAAUGGUUUUUGAGAGAAAAGUUUUCGCAAGUUUGCCUCAAAACGUCCCUUUGUCGAUGGAAAUGUUUGACAUGGUGCUCCUCUGACUUGUAAUGCCUUAAGGAUACUCUCAAGGUUUUAGGAAAUUUUGUAUCGAUUUUUCGUUUUCAACUUUAUUCGAUGCCUAACACUA